UCUUAAGAGAGAGGAGCAGCACGUUCCCUCUCCGUCCCUCAACGGAUCGAGUGUCGCAGCUGUGCUAGUGUGACGAGUCCUCUUCCCUCCAGCAAGUCUCAAGUCAGCUGAGUUACGGGUGAUUGUUGCUGUCUCAACAGUCCUGCCAGGAAUGUACACAGUGAAUGUAUUAUGUGUAUUGUGAUAUAAAGUGAAACCUUGUUGAAAAUUACCCAACGUGGACACGAAGUAUAAUGCUCUUAAAGACUGACUGUAAUAACUCAAUAUACCAAAAUCAAAUAUUGUAAUAAAAUUUGCAGAACCUCAUCCUGAAAGACAAUACAGAAAUCAGUCAAACUGGUUCAGAAGGCAUUAGAGAACCUUCCUUUGGCAGGAGGUUCAUUAGACAGUAAAAACAGCACCCGAGGGCUGUGCAAAAUGAGACUUGGCGACGGAGGUAGAGACGGUGGCGGCGAUGGCUGCCUCCUAGCGGGGCAGUGGAGCGCCGACCCCAACACUGGCAUAGUCCAGCUGACGGAGGCCGCCCUGGCCAGGCUUAUCAACACCGACCCCAUCGACAAGUGGUACCAACUGGACCCCGAGCCCAUAGCCAGGGGACAGUUCGCCGUGGUGUACCACUGUCGACACAGGAUCACGGGGGAGGAGUUCGCUGCCAAGUUUUCGUCCAGAUGGCGUCUGGGCGCUGACUGUACCGCUGACAUCCUGCACGAGGUGGCGGUCAGCGCCAUCUUGAGGCCAUCACAGCGAACCAUACAGCUGCAAGACGUCUUUAGUACACAAACUGAACUUGUACUGGUCAUGGAGUACGCCGCAGGAGGGGACCUUCAGACUCUCCUGGACGAAGACAUGGUACCAUAUGAACGAGACGUCAUCAGCUUCACGCGACAGCUCCUCGAGGGACUCGUAUAUGUUCACGACCUCAACCUCGUGCACCUGGACAUUAAGCCACAAAACCUGGUGCUGAUGGGGGAGUUCCCUGACUGCGCCGUCAAGCUUUGCGACUUCGAGAUCUCGCGAGUGUUGACGCCGGGACGAGAAGUGAGGGAGAUCCUGGGCACACCUGACUAUGUUGCUCCCGAGAUCCUGCUCUACGAGCCCAUCACUAAGAAAACGGACAUGUGGUCCCUGGGGGUGCUGACCUACGUGCUCCUGACGGGGUUCCUGCCGUUCGGGGGCGACACCGACCAGGAGACCUUCUUGCAGAUCUCGCGGGGGGAGCUCGACUUCCCCGAGGAGCUGUUCGAGGACAUCUCUCCUGAGGCCAUCAACUUCAUCCAGCGCCUGCUAGUGAGACAGCCAGAGCGACGCAUGAGUGCGCAGGAAUGCCUCAGCCACGCUUGGAUGAAGAAGGAGAUGGAAAGACCAAUCACACCAGCGACCCAUAACCCGCCCGCCACCCCUCUGUCGACGCAGACAUCUGUCCCCGCUGCUCCCACCACUCCCACCUUCAGCAUGACGCCAGCAGAGAUCACCUCACCCACUAGAGACAUUGGUCGUCCACCCUUGCACCCAAACACUCCACUACAGCCACCACCGCCUUUCCCAGAACCCAACUCUACCCUCACCUCGCCAGUCACGCUCAUGUCUCCAGCUUUCCCAUCAUCUAUACAGCGCCAGGAAUCCCGGACGUCCUCAAGACAUAACCUGGAUCGUAUCAGGAGCAUGUCUAAAUCUCGAGAAGUUUUAUCAGAGAGGAUCCAGAUGUCAAAUCUUAAGAAAACAAUAUCAAAAUCCAGAGAGAGACUUUUCGAUGCAAAACUUGGUCUUUCCAAAUCCCGCGAGAGGCUUAUGGGUCUUCGGUCAUUUUCACAAUCAGUUGAAGUUCUCUCUGCUCUUUCACAACUCAGUCAAGGAAAUUCUAGAUACCAAAGUUGCAGUAAUAUAUUCAUUGCUAUGCUUACUCCUAGUGACAAGGAAGCUGAUGUCUCAUGCAGAAUGUACAAAAGUUUAGCUGCAAUCGAUCAGUUGGAUGGGAUUGAUUAUUCUCACAAACUUGGGUAUUUCGAAUCAAGGUUUUCCAAGGAUGAUGAUGAUUAUAAUGACCUUGUUACUAGACACAACACUAACAUGAACAGUGUUAUUACAUCAGAGAACUCUCCGAAGAGUGGACGAUGCGACAUGGCAAACGAAGCGCGUCUUCGAGGCGGGGGUCGAGGUGGUCGGGCCGACAUUUGUGACAAGCGCUGUCCUCGUCAUUCUCACAGGCAACCUGAAGCGAAGCUCACGCAAAAAAUCCCCAAAGUUAACCGAGCAGAGCGCAUGAAACGAGAAGCACAAAGACGGCGUAAGGAGAGGAAAGAAAGAGAGAGGGAAGAGAAAGAAAAACAAAAAGGGAGCUUAGUCUGUGACCCCGAAGUUGCGUCACGCACAAAUAACAAAACACAAGAGAAACACACUGAAGAUGCUUCAUCUCCUAGUGGUCGUCGAAGAUCAGUAUCACACGUGGAGCAGCGUUUGGCUGAACGACAUGAGCGACAGCAAGAACGACUAGAGAAACAGGAGAGAGAAGAAAGAAGAAGUAGCGUUAGUGGCAGAAGACGUAGUUCAGUAGACUUAGACAGAAGUCCCGUGAGCGAGAGAUUAAGACUUGCUAAGAACAACAGCAACAACACGGGUGUGUCACAAGAGAGAUCACAAAGCACAACACCAACCGCAAGACGCAAGAGCAAAAAGCACUCAAGUGGGGGCAGUGACGUCUCCCAGGCGUCCUCUCUUGAGAGUGUUGAUGGAAGUUUAGACAGUCCGCGAACACCAGCAAGGCCUAAAAGACCCACAACUUUAGACCUUCCAGAAAUUAAGGUCUUCUCAGAAAACAUGAUGCCAUUAGUGCAAAGUGGGGACGUUAAUGAUAAUUUAGUUAAACAAGAAAUUCGGGGAGACAUUGACGAGGCUUAUGUUUCGCUAGAUGAGCCAAGUAUAAUCAUCUAUGGCCAAAUCCAAAGCACUGAAUGUAACGAGUCAAGUGGGUUAAUAACAGACGCAAGGAAUGAACAACUUACACAAGAAGUAUCUGAGUUACAACAUUCAUCAUUGAUAGAACGAAGUGAACCACAUCAAGACAGUCGUCUUCUUAAUGCAUUAGAAAAGGAAGAUGGUGAAGAAUCUAAAAAUAACAGCUUGCAAAUUGCCUCAGAGAGAGGGCUUGGUGGCUCUGGAGAGUUAACUAUUAUAGAAGAAGAGGGAGAUGGGUUCUGUAACAGAAAAUCUGUACCUUCAUACGUAAGGUCCAUAUCAACUGGAAGCGACAUUGGUAGUAUGAUUAGCGAAGGUAGCGAGGGUUCCCACAGCCCCAGCACAGACACGGAGCUACAGCCAGACUGGAAAGGUCGCUCUAGAUCCGUAAGCAUUCUUUCUGGAUCUCCAGGAACCUCAAGGCACAAAGGGAGGUCUAGGUCGAAUUCUGUCCAUGUAGAUCCUAGUGGUAACGGUCGUGUCAGACCCUGGGGCAGCGUCUGCGACGGUGCUGUGGCUAGAGCCUUGGAGAAAUUUAACAUUAAAAGUGAUGACACGACGCCAGCGGGUAAAAGCACACGAAUUAGACGAUCGUCGUCUCCGGCAAUGUCCCCGUCAGUAGAGGACACUUCUUCCUUGCUCGAGCAAAAUUUGUUUUUCUAAAUUACUUUCGCUUCAUUAUAUUCUUCACAACACUUUCCAUUCUCCCUCUCCUUCAUUUUCCAUUCUCCUUCUCCAGGAAAUCACUAGUCCUCGAUUGCCCACCAAAUAUUGCAAAUAUGAUUCUCUAUAAUUUUGUUCAUUAAAGCGAAUAAGGCUGUACAUAAAGAAAAAUAUAUAUUUUUUCAAACAAGUAGAGUUACCAAGGCAUUAUUGUUACCAUACUUUCUAAAGAUGAAACAAGCACAUAUCACCUCGACGAAAUAUUUUUGUAUUACUGAAGUUAAUAAAGUCUUGUAUAUAUAUUCAUACAUAUAUAUUGAAGCAAUGUUGCUAGUCAUAUGUUUGCCAAGAGCCGUCUAAUUGUAGCUAGUUUUCUGAGCCUAGUGUAUGAUUUAGAAUUCCAUGAAUUAGUGUCUCAGUCCUCCGCGGCCGCCUGUUCCUGCGGUCAGUGAUGGCGCCACAGCUGGCCCUGGGAAGCUCAUGUGCCAAAAAAUAAUAAGUAAUAAGUUUGGCUGUGGCGCAUCGUUCAAAUAUCUGCUAAAUAUUACUGGUUAUUCUGUGUAGUCCAAUUCAUAUAUUUCUACUUAAUUUCUUUAGGGAAAAUUAAUUGCAUAAUAAAUAUCAGUAAUUUGUAAUUAACGAACUUUGUUGUAUAGUCCAGUAAAUAAGCUUUGAGCCUUACGGUAACUAAUGAGGCUGUCACGUGUUAACUAAAUGUCUGUGUUUACCUCCUUGUUCGUGUCCAAAGUACAGCUGAUGCAGUGCUUAUAUAAAACGGGUAUUAUUCUCAUUAUCAAACCGGUGCUAAACCCAACUGACUUCGUCCAGAGCUUUCCUGACCAGGCUCCCGAGGCCCGCCAGACAUUGCUCCCCAGGUGUUGAUUGAUAUAGAGCCAGAUUCCUUGUGACCUGACUUUGAGGGCAGCCUGACUUAACCUUCCAGGCGCAGCUUGUCGACACAAGAGCCCUUGCGACCUGGUUCCUGAGCUCACUCCUCUGACUGUUCCAAACAUGCAACAGAUAUGGCUCCAGGUGAUCUGCGAUCCAAGAACUAUCCUCAUGUGAUUCCACUUUUUCAGUUACAUCAAGUUUGUUCACAUCAUGUGAUGUGAUUUGUAGUAAUCUCUAAAAACACUUCGAUAUUUUUAAACUUAACGUAAAAAUAACUUAUAACACAUCUUCAAGUGUGUUGAUGGUGUCGAGCCCCGUAGUUAUAGAGCUUUAUAAUCUUCUAGCUUUCUAUUAGCAUAUUUUUAUAUUUUUAUCAAUAAGUAUAAGCUAUCCAGAGAUGCUCAGGUCUGCAGUGCAUUUUAGUAGGUUUUACACUUUAUUUGGAAUAAAAAUGAUGUAGUAAUAUCAUACGAUUGCUGGGCAGUGAAAACCUAAACACAGUUAAACAUUAUCUCAUAAUCUCGCUUUAUUAACAAAACCUUUAGUAAAAUUAACUGUCUGAUUAACUGAUGAAGGUGAGGUUGAUCUUGGGUGAGCCAGUGAGCAGGACGAGCCAUAUACUGGCAUGAGGCUGCCUGCUGAGUGACGAUGAAUGAGCCAGCUACAUUUGUUGCCCAAUGUAGUAGCUUAUUGUAACCAUAUAUCAACAAUAUUGAACCAAUAAACUCAUGAAUACUU